GACUCUGACACUCAUCGUCCUCAUACUCUUCACGCCUCAACCAUUCAUUGUUUUCUCUCAAACUUUCCUCAAACAUAACUUAUCUGCAGGGCAUUCUAGGCUGACUUCGAAACGGGUACAAAUGGGCGAGGUGGUAAACGUUCUUGUUGCGUUCGCGGUCAUUGUAUUUGUUGUCAGGUGGGCCACUUCAAGCAAAGAGUCACCUGCCGAACGGUCCGCAGCCUCAGUCUUAGGCUUCAAGCCGAAGAAUGUCACAAACGAGAUGGUCGAAGCAAUACACAACAUGUUCCCAGAUAUACCGAGUGACAACAUCCGUUACGACCUACUAAGAACUGGAAGCGUCGAAGUUACGACUAAUAAACUUAUUGAGCGGGGGUUCCUUCCAGCUCCUCCAGAAGCAUACUACACCCUCUAUCCUCGUCAGUCCGCACCUACGAACUCACAUACGGCGGCGGCACGUCCAGCUGCUCCGGCAGCAGUGGCCGGUCCAAGCAAACCAAAGUCCCAACCCUCACUCAUUGAUCGAUACAACCUUCAAGGCCGAGUGCAGUCGGAUUCUGCCAUUUCCAGUGCGUUGACGCCAGAAGAAAUCGCUGGGAAGAGUGUUUGGGAAGAUAGUGCUGAUAAGCGAGAGGCCAUGUUGAGAGAACGGAAGGCUCAAAUGAUCUUGGCUGCACGACAGCGACUUCUUGCGCAGCAGAAGAAUGGUCAACCUGCUACGGGUGCUUCUUCGUGACGAUAAUUCAUAUGUGUACUUCUUUAACUAAAUACAUAGUAAAUCUGGCCAUCGUUCUGUUGGACUGUGCAAGAUUUUGAAUAGACGAGAAGUCGAGAUC